AUGGUGGACUUUUCCCUCAAGAAACGGAGUGUAUCGACGUGGCGCGGGUCGCUUGGCAGACGUCAGGCUGACAGUGACUCUACGUCGACUUUCAAGUCCAGCAGGUACCAGGAUAUGAAGGUUUCAGACACGGAAUUGCCCAAAGUUAGUGCGAAAGAACGUAGUAAAGCUGGGACAAUGAUGAAGCGGAGGCUUUCUGUGCACCAGCCGGGGAAUGUGAAGGUUGAUUACGAUUCAAUGCCGGCGAUGCCGGCGAUGCCCUCUGGAGUGAUGGCGGAUGAACAGUUUCCGGCGAGAAAUAGCUCGCUUCUGAGCCUAUCAACGCAACAGAGGAUGCAACAGAGGAUGAACAACAGCGACUUGUAUUCAGGGAAGGCAUUGAAGCAGUUGCUUUCUGAUCCUAGUUUCAAGGCGAAGCGAUUUGUCACAGAGAGGCUCGGGGAUGCAACUGCGGUUGAGAUUGAUCAGUUCACGUCGAGCCUUAACGACUUGUCGCUCGAGAUACAGGACGAGAUCAAGGCCAACAUCGAUAAGUCCUUCAAGGAGAUAUUAACUGUGAACAAGGAUCUCGAAACUGCUACUAGUGAGCUCAAGGUGUUGCGUACCAAGGUGCACGAUGUGAAGGAGGUCAUGUCGCAAUUUGUGUCGAUGGCUGAGAAAAGACUACAAUUAGAGCAACAAGCUCAGGGCCAGCUGCACGAAUCUGACUUGAGUCGCACACCAAGCACAGCCAGUAGCUUCAACGGCAAUGGCCAUGUUCCAUCGCUAUUGCCUGCAGUGAAACCGGGCAGCAGAAAAGAUCGCACUUCCACUAUGAUCCUCGAACGGAUGUGGAACGAACAGUUGCUUCAGUUGUUCAAGAACGUCGAAGGUGCGCACAAGUUCAUCACAAACACCCCAGGAAGACACAUCUUGCUCGACAGCGAUAACUGGACAGAAAUCAACGCUGCUACGCUCAAACCUUUGCAAAAGGCCCGCAUCUUCAUCUUGAAUGAUGUUGUGUUAAUUGCAUCCCCCAAACCUUCCAAACUUCAAAGCAGCAACAACAGCGUUGGAGAGCUAACUGUGAGCAAGUUCUCACCGCUUCGGGAGCUAUCCUGUGAGCAGCAAUCGCCCACUGAAAUCACAUUCACUCUUUCGAACAAUAAACAGCGUGCAUUAUACGGUAACCGCGACCCUGAGGCAUGCUCCAAAGUGAUGGAGACAAUCCGCCAGGCUAAAGACGCAUUACUAGAAAUAUCACAGGCAGAAGAGGACAACACCAGAAAGAUCAGAAACUCGUACACCCUCUUGCAACAGGAACGAACCCCAAAUCCAAAUCGAGAAGCCACUACCUCACCCAUCAAGAUGCACGGCAGAUCGCGUUCCGAUGCUCAACAGCAGUUCCCCACCCAAAACCAAAGCCAAAACGACGCACUAUUGACAAGCAUUACCAGGUCUAUGCACGUUCGCUCUGGAGGAGCCAAUAACGAUAUCUCAGAAGUGAGCAAGAAGUUGAAGAGACUUGACGAUGCCCUCGAAGACAUGGACCUCGAGAUCGGAAGACAAAACUUCGAUCUGGCCAUCACCAAGCUCAAUCAUAUCCAGACGUCGCUUAAAUCCUUAUAUAGCACAGCAACUUUCGAUGAAUCGGUUAUGGUCGAACUUCUCUCGCUAAAAUGCCUCCAACGCAAAAACGUCCUAUACAACAAACUUACAAACCUACUAGCCUCAGAAAGCUCUGAUGUCUCGAAACUAAAGAGCUACAUGCUAAAUCUUAUCGCACUAAAUGAGCCCGUCGAUGCUCUCGAAGUUUUCCUACAAAACAGAUCCAACUUCAUCAACGACCUCAUUCUCCAGAUUGGUAUCAUUGACAACGUCACCUCAUUCAUCACUCAAAUCGCCAUCAUCCGCUUCCAAACCCUCAGGAAAGUCACUGAACAAUACCUCGAAGUCUCGAAGCACUUAAAGCGCGACUUCACCUCGUUGCUCGUCUGCUGGUGUAGCGAAGAAGUUGACAAACACUUCCAGCUCAUGGAGCGCGAACUUUCCAACCAGUCUACACUCUCUGUCCAGGCCAUUAAGAUGACCAGAAAACAGAUUGAUGAAUUGAAGAAUGUCGGCAUGGACUACGUCUACAAACUCGAUGAUUUCAUAAGAAGAAACAAUAACAAGAUUCACUAA